CCAGUUGCGAUAUAUCAUUGAUCGCUCGCUCACCGGUGCGCACACGCCGCUCGGCUGUCAGUCGACACGAUAUCUCAACUUGAAUCACUUGAGAAUUAAGUUUAACGGAAAAAAAUAUGAAUAAAAAAUAAAAAAGUGUACAAAUCUAAAUUCGAAUUUUAAAAGAAGAAUAUUAAAGUUCAGUGUGUGUGUGUGUGAUUUAAAAAAUAUAUAAUUAUGGGAGUGUUUGAAUGUGUGAGUGCAACAAAAAUGGCGCCAACGGAAAGUACAGAGGUUUUCACAAUUAGUACGGCUUCUACUGAAACUAUAAAUGGGAAUGUUACUAUGAGAAGAGAUGUGGAGUCACAGUCCUCGUCAAAGACUAGUUUCUGCACACGACAUGGCUUGUGGUGGACAUUUGGAAUAGAUAUUCCUUUACUUCUAAUCUUACUCGCGCUCAUCGGCCUCUUCGAGUUGGGAGUGAUCCCGAACCACAAAGCAGGCUUCUACUGCAACGACCCGGCUCUCAACUUCCCAUUCAACGGAGACACGGUCACUACAGAGAUACUCAUGUCCACUUUACUAGCUGGACCUUUAGUAUUUUUCGCGAUCACAGAAUAUAUCUUCGUCUAUGUCGACUACUCCGAGUCCAGGAUACGGCGGACUUGUAUAAAUACUUUCUACUUGUACAGAACCUACAUCUACGGGCUCAUCAUGAACCUCAGUAUAGUUGAGGUGAUGAAGGGAAUCGUGGGCAGCCCCAGACCUACCUUCUUCGAUUUGUGCGAACCUGAUGCUGGGAAGACUUGCAAUGGCACAGAGUAUGUGAAAGACUUUAAGUGCACAUCAACAAAGUAUGCGAGCUGGUAUCAAAUGGACUCCUACAGGAGCUUCCCAUCUGGUCACACCUCUCUGUCAGUCUACUGUGGACUCUUUCUAGCGUGGUACCUCCAACGCCGUGCCUUCAACUGGUCUCACCGUUCCAUCUUCAUGGUCCCGAUGCUGCAGCUGCUCUGCAUCUCCUACGCUGCCGUCUGCUCCCUCACGAGGAUCACAGACCACAGACAUCACUGGUGGGAUGUCCUCGUCGGCAGCAUCAUCGGUCUUGCUACUGUUCUUUAUGCUGUAAUCAUCAGCUCGAACUUCUCAUACGAUCAUUCAAAGAUCGGUGAUCUGAAGUCACAGGAGAGCAGACAAACUGUGAGGACCUUAUUAUAUGACGAGAGAAGACCCGCAACAGUGUCCUAGUGUCAUAGUAGAACAAAAGACUGGUUUCAAAUUGAAUAGACCAUUAAUGGUCUUUUUAAAAGUCUUGCCCGAAAGGACCAAGAUGGUUGACCUUUAGAUAUUAGGAACGAAUUUAUUUAAGCAAAGGCUAGUUUAGCCUUUUGAAGAAUAAAUACAUAUCCAUGUUAUUUGAUAAGUAGGUAGAAUUUGGUCCUAAUGUUUUGGAACGUAGGACCACGUUUGAAAGUAGU